AUGAUUGGCCGCAUACGCCGUUUGUAUCGUCACAACCGCUCAGACGUCGAUCUCUAUGGUUUGCCUAGGACACCUCGCUCCCGUCGGGAGGAGCUUUGCGUGACACUUACCUCCAUCAAGACACAUUGCGAUGAACUGACGAAGAAGGGCUUGUUCACAAAAUCUACGAAAGCAAUUCUCCAUAUCUGCGAAGGCCUCGCCAUCAAAUACUGGGACAUCUUUCCGUGGAAUGGGUCGUACUUGCACAACUCGCCCUUAGCGCCUACUGUUCCAGACGCAGCCAAUCGCUGGUAUGAGCAGAUCAACAUUCUGUUCGAGCGUUGGUCGUCCUGGACCGUCGUCGAGGCACUCAUGCGUCGAGAAGUCAUUUGGGAAGGCUUCAGGGAAAUGUACAGCAAGUGUCCCUACCGCGAAGCGCGGAAUAUGGUAUCCUCGUUCCCCGUGUGCUCGCUCAUCGAAGAUGCCACAGUCGCGGUACAUCAUGUCUUAUCUCACAAGGUGCAUGUUGAAGCCGUGCUCAGUCUGAAUGGACCACAGGCAGCGGAUUGGAUCUAUCUGCUUGAUCAUGUCAUGCACCGGCUGAGUGUCACCAACCAACUGUACACGACGGCUCUUUUCACACUGCGCAAGCUGUGCGCUAGUGCCGGAAAGUUGCCAGACUCCUAUAUGAUAUCCGCUGAAGAGCGCAACGGACUAAAGAUCAUGGGCAAAUACCCCACCGCCUUUGGCGGAUUCGCGGACAUCUGGCGGGGCCAGUACAGAGCGCAAGAUGUCGCUGUCAAGGCGCUGCGUGUCUCUGGGCGUGACAAAUUACAGGCAGUGGAGAAGAUGUUCUUCAAAGAAGUCGUUCUAUGGAAGAACCUUCGCCACGAUAACAUAACACCUUUCAUCGGCGUCGACCGCAAGCUCUUUCCAUGCGCAAUGGUAUCAGUAUGGAUGCCUCACGGAAACAUCGUUGCUUACCUGGGCAAGUUUCCAGAAGCCGCUCGUCUGCAACUACUGCUGGACGUAGCUACGGGUCUAGAGUACCUUCACUCCUUCGGGAUCGUCCACGGUGACCUAAAAGGCGCGAAUAUCCUCAUCGACUCUGAACACCGUGCGCGCCUGGCCGACUUCGGCCUCACAGCGAUGACACACGACCUACACGCGCUCAACGCGAUCACCCCGCUCUCGAUCGUCGGUUCGCUACGAUGGACCGCGCCUGAGGUGCUCGACCCCGAGUCUGCCGGCCUCGAGAAGGCGCGGCCGUCGAAGGCGAGCGACGUCUACUCGUUGGGAUUGGUCAUGUGGGAGGUGUUCGCUGGUCAUGUCCCCUUCCAUCAAUACCCCCUCGAGGCGAACGUGCUCUACCGCGUGCUCGCAGGCGCUCGACCUGCCCGGCCCAACGCCGCGCGACAUGGGCUGUCAGACUCGGUCUGGGAGUGGAUGCAGCGGUGCUGGGAUGCAGAGGCGUCGCGACGCCCACGUAUCGCCGACGUCGUCUCUUUCCUGCGGGAUGAAAACGUCCCGCUGCAUCACAAAGAGAUACUGUCCCUGCUAUUCGAGUAG